GACUCGAGCCUGGCCGAUACGAACCGUAGGGGCGGCGAGCGCACGAAAUCAGUCACGCAAUGACGGCGCCCUCCUCCUUUCCUCGCCCUAGAAUCUCCCUCCGCCAUCUCUUGCUGUGGCCCUGGGCCGUCACUUCACCCAGGAAGGUCGCGCCGCCCGCCAUCCCCACCAAAGAAGAGGACGAGGCGGCCGACUCCCAGCUCUGGAUGCCGCCGCCGUUCAAGAUCGGCGACGUCCGGGCCGCCAUUCCCUCCCACUGCUGGAUCAAGAACCCUUGGCGGUCCCUCAGCUACGUCCUCCGCGAUGCCGUCAUCGUCGUCGCCCUCGCGCUUGCCGCCGCCCGCCUUGACAUCUGGGCGUUCUGGCCUGUGUAUUGGAUCGCGCAAGGCACCAUGUUCUGGGCCAUCUUUGUUCUAGGGCAUGACUGUGGACAUGGGAGCUUCUCAAACAGUGUGUGGUUGAACAAUUUGGUGGGGCAUUUGCUUCACUCUAGUAUUCUGGUGCCAUAUCAUGGAUGGAGGAUUAGCCACAAGACUCAUCACCAGAACCAUGGCAAUGUGGACAAGGAUGAAUCUUGGUAUCCGUUAACUGAGAAAGUAUACCGGGGAAUGGAUUCUACCAGUCGAAAGAUGCGAUUUACAGCACCUUUCCCCUUGCUUGCGUUCCCUGUCUAUCUGUGGUAUAGAAGCCCUGGUAAGGAAGGCUCACACUUUUUGCCCAGUAGCAGCCUGUUCCAUCCAAAUGAGAAACAAGAUGUGGCCAUAUCAACUGUCUGCUGGUCUGCCAUGGUGUUAUUGCUUCUCUUUUUGGCCUGGGUGUUUGGCCCUCUUCCCGUGCUCAAACUGUACGGAGUGCCCAACUUGGUUUUCAUCAUGUGGCUAGAUUUGGUCACUUACUUGCACCACCAUGGACACGGGCAAAAGUUACCUUGGUAUCGUGGUAAGGAAUGGAGCUAUCUGCGAGGCGGAUUGACAACACUUGAUAGGGACUAUGGGUGGAUAAACAACAUCCAUCACGACAUUGGAACUCAUGUCAUUCACCACCUCUUCCCCCAAAUACCACAUUACAACUUAGUAGAAGCUACAAGGGCAGCUAAACAUGUGCUUGGUAGUUAUUACCGAGAGCCGGAGAAAUCCUCGCCUCUCCCGUUUCACUUGUUUGCUAUUCUGCUUCGGAGCCUGAGAAUCGAUCACUUUGUCAGCGACGAGGGAGAUGUUGUCUUUUACCAGACCGACCCUCAGCUUCAAGGAGCAUGGCACCACAAGUCCAACUGAAGCUCAUUCAUUCUGGUAGCAAUAUUAACCAUCAGAAGCAGCACAACUAUCAAUCUUGAUGGAUUACACGUUAAAAUUGCUCUAUCAAUAACUUUUUCUUUUUGUUUCUGAAAUUGCAUAAUUUAGAGAUUUUGCAUUAAUUUAUCAAUUGUCUUAUGUCUUUAAUCAUUCUAGCUCGAGACCUAUGCGACCGAAUUAUGCAAUACU